UGGUCUCGCUAGGGAGACGCGUCAUCGGAUGUUGCUAUUCUUGUCUCGACUGUCACUACACAUCUGCAAGUUAAUGUUUUCGGAUAAUUGUAUGAAAUGAAACGUGUAGCACCAUAGCGCCAGUUUUUUUCUUCUGGUACCGUCGCGUGCAUUCGUGCGUUUAAGUAUUUAAAUUAAAACUACGGUUCCUCCACCUCCACCUUCCGUCACACACGCACCACUGUACCGAACAGAGCAGUUGGUGGCCGGCAGGGCUGCUCCGACGCACUGGGCUGAAGGGGAGAGGUGGAGUCUCCGUCCAGUUCCUAUGGGGACGGUCUCGAGAGGGGGGAAAGCCCUGGUGAGAAGAACCAGUCUCGGUGAAGCCCAGCUCCCAGCUCCGUGUGGCUGAGCUGUCCUCCUCCUCCGAAGGAUCCCGAAGCGCGUAGGACGACGACUCUGCACCGUUAUUCGCCGACAGAGGACGCCUACCUGUCGGAUCAGUACUGUCGGUUCGAUCCCCUCGGAGGCCCGCCUGCCGGAUCAAUCCCCACGGAGGUCCGCCUGUGGGAUCAGUCCCCUCGGAGGUCCGCCUGUCGGAUACGUCCCCUCGGAGGUCCGCAUCUCGGAUCAUUUCCCUCGGAGGUCUGCAUCUCGGAUCAGUCCCCUCGGAGGUCCGCCUGUGGUCCUGGUCAUGGAGAAGUACGAGAAGAUGGGGAAGAUCGGGGAGGGCUCGUACGGCGUGGUGUUCAAGUGCCGGAACAAGGACACCGGACAGGUGGUCGCCAUCAAGAAGUUUGUGGAGUCGGAGGACGACCCGGUGAUCCGGAAGAUCGCCCUGCGAGAGAUUCGGAUGCUCAAGCAACUGAAACACACCAACCUGGUCAACCUGCUGGAGGUGUUCCGCCGUAAGAGGAAGCUGCACCUGGUGUUCGAGUACUGCGACCACACGGUGCUGAACGAGCUGGACCGCUACCCUAGAGGGGCUCCAGAGCAGCUGGUCAGGAACAUCACCUGGCAGACGCUACAGGCCGUCAACUUCUGCCACAAACAAAACUGUAUUCACAGGGACGUGAAGCCUGAGAACAUUCUCAUCACCAAGCACCAAGUCAUCAAACUCUGCGACUUCGGCUUCGCCAGGAUCCUCACCGGCCCCAGUGACUACUACACGGACUACGUGGCGACCCGCUGGUACCGGGCCCCGGAGCUGCUGGUGGGGGACACGCAGUACGGGCCCCCCGUGGACGUCUGGGCGGUGGGCUGCGUGUUCGCAGAGCUGCUGUCGGGGACCCCCCCCUGGCCCGGGAAGUCAGACAUGGACCAGCUGUACCUGAUCCAGAAGACCCUGGGCGACCUCACCCCCCGCCACCAGCAGGUGUUCAGCAGCAACCAGUUCUUCAGCGGAGUCUCCCUCCCCGAGCCCCUGGACGUGGAGCCUCUAGAGCAGAAGUACGCCCAGGUGUCUCACCAGGCCAUGAGCCUCAUGAAGGGCUGCCUCCGGAUGGACCCCUCUGAGCGACAGACCUGUGAGCAGCUGUUGGAGCACCACUACUUCGACAGCCUGCGGGAGAAGAGCAGCUCCCGGGAGCACGAGCGCGCCACCAAUAAGAGGCCGCGGCUUCCCCGCAAGCACCUCCCCCCCGGGUAUUUGCCACAGCUCACAGGAAGCAGUAUUUUCCCCGCUCUGGACAACAGGAAGUACUACAACAACCUGCGCAAGUUCAACUACCACCUGCCCAACAUCUAAACUGCCUUAACUACCACCUACCAAACAUCUAAACCGGUUCAACUAUCACCUACCCAACGACUAAACCGGUUCAACUACCACCUACCCAACAUCUAAACCGGUUCAACUAUCACCUACCCAACAACUAAACCGGUUCAACCAUCACCUACCCAACAACUAAACCGGUUCAACUAUCACCUACCCAACAACUAAACCGGUUCAACCAUCACCUACCCAACAACUAUACCGGUUCAACUACUACCUGCCCAACAUCUAAACCGGUUCAUCUCCAGCUAACCUGUUCAGACACCUGGCAACUAAAUCAUAUCACCUCCUCUCCACAUCUAAACUGGAUCAACCAGCGGACAUCUAAACUGGUUCCACCUAUCUACCACUACUAGAUUGAGCUACUGUACAUCCAAAGUGGAUUACCCACCUGACAGUUUAAGCGAAUCAGGUACAAGAAACUAAAUCGGUUCUAGUUGCAGCACAUCUCAACCUGAAGACCUGCUCGGCAUCUCAACUGGAACACCACUCCAUGUCUGAGUUUACAAUCAAUACUUUUAGCAGAACCCACUUCUUGUCGUCCUCAGGAAAUGACACCUGUGGCACUUUUCUACGGCAAGCAAGAUGGUUCAAUUUCCAUUGUGUUUUUGUUUUUUUUUAUACUUUGGGUUUUUGCCGCGUCACUCGUGUGUGACGUCACUCUAUGCACUCUGCCCGGUAGGAACGCUGCCUGUAUUUGGCUGUGGUUGAGUUUCUAUAUGAAACGCUUUCUUUUUACAAUGAGCGAUAAUGCUCUGCUUGUAGGUUUACUCAGUAGACUUAGGAAGGGAGGGAGAGAAUACACUGCCUUUCCUGUUUGCCAAAUGUAUGUUUUUAUAUAUAAAUAUAACGGACUCUGUAAGAGAGAUGGGUGUUUGGUAAUACGUUAAAUGUUCUAGAGGAUGAUACCGGUUGUUAUAAGUAGUAUCAGGAUUACCAUACAGCAGAGUUUGGACAUUUCAGUUAAAAUGUAAACUUGAACGUAAUGAUCUUUUUGGCGGUUAUGUGUUCAUGAAAACCUAGUUCAUCUGUGUUUUCCCAUCUCCAUGCCGACUCUCCAGGCCAUUCGUCACUCCACCAAACCAUCAAUCCACCAAACCAUCAAUCAUUCCAGACCUUCAAACUGCCAUUCUAGAAAACAGGGGAAAUGUGGGAAAUCCACUUAUUCAAAAUAAACAUUUAUUUUCAGCCAGGAGGGAAAACAAAUCUUCAUCAGUUCACAAAGCAAUUUCCUCAUGUUGACACACAAUCACCCUCACAUAUAUACGUCAAUGGUGCUAAAGAACUAAUUUCCCUCUGGCUGUGGAUCAUUUACCAAUGCCAAAUUAAUCUGUAAUCCCUGUUUUCCGCCCACAAACCCUUCUUAAAUAUACUCCUAUAAUCUGAGUAUAUACUGCACUUGUAUACCUUAUUACUACUUUGUAUGUUAAAAAUAUAAUAAAACCACAGUAGUCGUGUCUA